UUUAAAAAGCAGAUACAAAUGAUCUGUGACUUGUUAUUUCUUCACAGUCGCACCACACAGUGAGGUAGCUGCUAAAGACUCUGUGUCUUUAAAUGCAGCGAAGGAUGCAGCGGUUGGAAUGGUGGGGGGUGUGAGCAGUGGAGGGGGGACACAGCUUUAAAUACAGAGAGGGGAGAUAACCAAGAAGAGAAAUUGAAAGGAAGAAUGGAGAGAGGAAAUAGGAAAAGGAAGAUGGGGAAUAUAAGAUAGAUCGUAGACAGAGAACAUACAGAGCAACUAGGAAGUAACAGACCAAAUAAAAAGGAAGAAAUGAAAUAAAAGCUUUUAGCAGCAGAAGAGGAUCUGUAAAGAUAAAGAGAGGCACAGAAUUUUGAGCUUAACAUUUUAGUCUGUGCUAUGUUGCUGUUAGAAGCUCAUUUCCUGGAUUUUCUGUGACCCCCAUGUUAGGACUGGCCAUUUGGGCUGAAUACUGGAUUGUAAGCAGCUGAGAGUGGUGUUACAUGCAGAAACUGUAACCCAGCAGCAGGCUGCAACUGGGAAACUCAUUACCAUGGAGAAAGAAUUGUCACCCCGACAGAAAGAGUUAAUUCGGGAAAGCUGGCAAAUAGUGAGCCAGGACCAGCUACAUCAUGGCACUGUGCUGUUUACCAGGCUGUUUGAGUUGGAGCCAGAGCUAGUCUUCCUCUUUCAGUACAACUCUGCACAGUUCUCUGAAGUUCAGAAAUGUUUGCACUCUCCAGAAUUCAUGGAGCACAUCCGCAAAGUCCCUGUUGGCGGUCAAGUGAGGCUAUCAGACCUGCAGCUGCUGUGCCUGCUCCGCAGCAGAAUUUUCCUGAGGGUCAUGACAGUGAUUGAUGCUGCAGUUAGCCAGCUGGACUCUCUGCCAUCGCUGGACGAGUAUCUGACUAAUCUGGGGAGGAAGCACCGGGUUGUAGGGGUCAAACUGGAAUCCUUCAAUACGGUGGGAGAAUCUCUGCUUUUCGCUCUGCAGACUGGUCUCGGAGACGCUUUUAUUCCUGAAACAAAAGCAGCGUGGACCCAACUGUAUGCACGCGUGGUUAAAACGAUGAGUCGUGGCUGGCAGCGAGGAGAAUCUGGACCUACAGAAGGAGACACCUGACAGAAGAAAGAUGGAUACAGUUCCAGAGCCCAGAAUACAGCACACAGAACCAAAUGACUUCACUUUGAGGAGGAGCAGUGUCUCAGAGAUCCAUGCACACACACCAAUCUACCUUUCACAUACACAUCCAUUGCUCUGUAUAUAUACAAGCUACGGAACACAUGCUGCCCUGCACAUUCACUGACCCUCAUUCCAGUCCAUCAUAAGUCUCAUGUGAAGUGCAAUGCAUGGCUUUUCAAAGUCAUUCAAAACCAUUUGAAAAGGCCAUGAUAACCCAUUUAUCACUAGGUGUACAGCGUUUUCCACACUAAGUUCACAUGUUAAUAAUAAAUACACACUUUUAUUUUAUGAGUUGAAAAUAUGGUUCAAAUCACACUUUUAAACUUAUACACCAAUUAAAUCAGAUCAUCAAAUUGUUAAAGGAACAAAAAAAAAAGUUAGACUUUCCUGAUUCAGGCAGAGUAUGUGAUUUUAAACAACUUUCCAAUUUACAACUAUUAUCUAAUUUGAUUUGUUCUUUUGUUAUCCUUUGUUGAAAAACAUACUUGAGAAGGCUCUGGGCUGCAAUGCACUAUUGAGAGAAAGCUUCUGAUUGGCAGUUUCCAUGUAUGCCUCUUGUUUAAUUGUAUGCUGUAUCUGAAUCAUGAAAGAAAAAUGUGAGGGUUUGCACUGCAUAUAGCACUAUCUGUAGAUACACUUCUUGUUGUACACAUACUUAAAACACACCAUGUAUAUUUAAACUAAACCCAAUACAAAAAUGAGAACAAAUAUUUGUUUAGCCACACAGAGGGGACCUUUCAUUAGUGUGCAACAACUGCAAAUUCUAGUUACGUGAAGUGAUGCAAAUACACAAUACACAUAAAAAGAGACUAGGCGGUAGAUUUAUUAAGAGGAGAGCGGACAUGAUUCGCUGUAGCAAAUCAAGUCCGCUCGACCUCACUAAAUGCCAACAGCAUACAAGAUCGGCAUUUAACAUUGCACAAGCAUUUCUGGUGAAAUGCUUGUGCAAUUGCCCCCCCCUGCUCACUUGGAUCGGGAUGAUUUCAGUCCGCCACCUACGACUUUUGCUUCUUAACUUCCAUUUCAGGCGGACCUGAAAUGAUGGGCUCCGAAGUAGAAUCUGCUGCUUAAUAAAUGGACCCCAUAUAGUUGACUAACACAUCUAUAAUAUUAAUUCAAAACUGAAAUGUGCAUGAGUGUGUUUAAAUUUUAAUAGAAACACAAAGUUUGAAUAUAUUUUUAUUAGCAAAAAUGCUUCUAGUUAAAGAUAUUACUGUAUUAGCAUCAUAUAUACAUAUGCUCUACAUACCCCAUGCAUCAGCAUUCACAAACAACACCUGGUCAGAGAGCGCAUGUGCCACUGAAACUGUAAUAGAUUUUACUAGAAGCAUUUUGUCUAAUAGAAAUAUGUUGCAAAUUCCAACUGCAAAUAAACGUAAUUUCCGUUAAACAUAGAAAUUAAACCCAGGAAAUUCUAUAUCUUGCCUUCUAUCCAUAUAUAAUACUCCCCAGUGAGAGAGAUCCCCUGUAAAGGGAAGUAGACUGAAUUGAUAGCAAAAUGUAUCCUCCUUAUUGACUUCCUACAUUCUUAGCAUGGGAAGGGAUCUUAGUAAUAAUUAUCUAGGGAUAUGUAUAUUUUAUUCCAUUUCUAGUUAUCCUGGCUAACUCCAUCUAAUAUUCAGUAGUGAGACAAAUACAAGGUACUAAGUAAUACCAAAUUGGGUGGGAAAAAAAGACAAAACAUUUAAAAUCUAGAAUAUUUUUAGGACAUAAAAUAGUUUAAAGGGAUAGUCUAGUCAAAAUUAAACUUUUAUGAUUCAGAUAGAGCAUGCAAUUUUAAGCAACUUUUUAAUUUACUCCUAUUAUCAAUUUUUCUUCAUUCUCUUGGCAUCUUUAUUUCAAAAAGCAAAAAUGUAAACUUAGGAGCCUGCCCAUUUUUAGUUCAGCACCUGGUUAGUGCUUGCUGAUUGGUGUCUAAAUGUAGCUGCUCAGUGGAACGUGGAGAGGACCUUAGUCAUGUCCUUCCCUUCACCUUGGAGUGAGUUUCUCUCACUAAGGAGUAUUAGCCAGGGUGAGCCAAGAUAAAAGUUAUGUACAGGUGAGCACUUGUAAACAUAUUACUGCUGGGGAUGCAUAUUUCCCAUAUGCUGCUGCUCAUAUUACACUGGUUGAUAAUACCAUGUCCAAGAACAUCCCCUAAAUAAAUCAUUUUAAAUUGUAAUAUUACCGAAUACCACUUCCUGUAGCGUCUGAACACUAAAUACAUUUUAUAAGGAUAGUAUUGAGGUUGUUCCCCGCCUCAUACUAGUCAUUUUAAUGCUGAUGUGUUUGCACAUGUGCAGUAACUCUCCUUCAGAUACCUGCGGUGUAACCUAAGUUCCAACAUGGCGGCACCCAUAAUUAGAGAGAGGUGCAUGAAAUCUAUUCAGUGUUUAAUGUCCCUUUAAGACUUAUAACAUAUAAGCCAAUAUAAAUAUCGUGUAAUCACAUGGUAUUUACUGUCCCUUUAAAUACAAAUAAAUAUUAAGAUUUGUUGAAAAGUGAGAAGAAAAUACCCAAAUUCAAGGUGGCUGUUUUCCUGUUAUUACCUUCUCAGUAUUAUCUUUCCUAUCUUAAUCUUCUACUGGGAAACUAUUCCCUGUGUCUGACCAGAUGUAUUGUGUAGAUUCUAUAGUGUUCCAGUGAAGAAUAAUUUUACCACUAUGUACACACCAUAGCAGUCUUUCAGAUGAAACGUAUGUUGGGGAAUAAAAAAAUAUUUAUAUGUGACUGUUUCACGUUACAAAGACGGGUGAAUAGCAAAUAUGUACUAAUGUAUGUGUUAAUCAGUAUGUGUGUAUGUUUGUAUCUUGAGGUAGGUGACUGUGUAUAUAUGAUUUUAUAUCUGUAUUUAGUCUGUGUAACUCUAUAAAGGGUGGUGUAUAUUCAUAUAUCAUAUGUGGCUGGGUACAUUUGCAUGGAUAGAGCUGUGGAUUAAUAAUUAACUGCAUACAGACCAGCUUGUAUCUGGCUGUAUAUGUGAGGCUCUACUGUUUAGUUUAAAGAGUAUUACAUGUCUAUAUAGUCUUAUUACCAAACUAUAUAGAAAGAGAUGUACUAUAUAUAGCCUCAUGCUUAUGUAUACAUAUAUAAAUUAUUAUGCAGGUAUAUAUAAUGAUGACACUGACUGUUAAACAGAGAAGUGUAUAUCAAACAUAUAACUGUAUACAGAGCAAUGCAUAAUGGUCAAGUAUGUAUGAGAGUUGUAUCUUUCUAAUCAUAUAUGUGUGUAUGUAUGCAUGUGUGUGUAUAUAUAUAUAUAUGUGUGUGUGUGUGUGUAUAUAUAUAUAUAUAUAUAUAUAUAUAUAUGUGUGUAUAAAGUAAAUAAAAAUGUGUAUAUGUAUAUAGUUAUACACUGUUCUGUAUACAUACAACUUUGCUCACACCUGUGUAUGUAUAAUACAUAUUUCAGUUUAUGUAUGGUCCUGUGUAAGCAGUGUAUAUCCAUGUAUACAAAUACAUGCACAUUUCAGAGCAGUGUCUAUGUGUCUAUAUGUACAGUAUAUAUGUGCAAUCUAUAUGUUAUUGUUUACAUGAUAUAUAUUCCUCUAAUAAAGAUGUAAACAUACAGUAUACAACCACAGCUUAAGACACAAGUAAACCUCUUUAUACAUUUAUAUUUACAGAGCAGUGCAUUUCAUUGCAUAUCUGUAGACAGUUCAGAAUGUGUAAACUGCAGAGCAUUUCUCUUGUCAUCACUGAUAAAUGAUAUUAAACUGGAAUCAUUUUU